CGCCGCUCCCGCCUUCAGCAGACGCGACCAGUGUGGAUGCGGACCUCGACAUCUAAAACAUACAGAAUACUCGAAGUACCUGCUACGCAACCACCAAGCAGAGUUAUCACCUGGCUUACUUGCGGGCUCCGCUAUUGACGACUUGCUUACCACCUAGGGCUUAUUGAUCCAACAACAGUUGCCAUUCUGGAAACACCAGCGGUGGAUAUCAUCUUGCAUUGAUUACUUUGAAGGGAGACAACAUUGCGGUUACGGAUACUCCGGGGGACAACAAUGAGCGAUGACCGCUCGAGAUCCUCGCCCUCUACCGGAUACAUCAUUGCAGCGGGACAUCCGGAUUCUCGCUGACUCUGCUGAUUUCCCAUCUCACGAACCUCUUAAUAUUGAUACAAUCAAUGCGUCUGCGCCCACACGGACCCUCUCUCCUGUCUCUUCGCACGCCAUGAACACCUUGAACGGCGGCGCAAAUCCGAGCAACCAGAGCAGUCCUUCCAAUAAUUCCCCAUCCUUCUCGAAGACUCCAAACGGCUCUAUCAGAUCAGUGCCGGUAGAUACCCUGCACAACGACACACCCACCACUGCCUCGACGCCGGACGAAGCCACAAGGCGAGUGCAGAGCAAGAGCGACCAAACCGCGAUGCCUCACUCCACGAAGACCCUCAUAUCAACCUCACAACCGCCGCUCACACGCCAGAACUCCAACCUUGUCGUUGGCAACGGGCUGAUAAGGAAGCUGUCAGCCGAGUUUGGGCCGACUCGAACAAUACCAAUCAGCAUCAACACUCCUUCCAAUCUGAAUUCAAGUAAUUCGAACUCGAACUUCCCGCACGCGCCGUCAGAGGAGGCCAACGGGACCACGAGCACUGGUCCGGGAGGAUCUACACAAUGGAGCUCUGCAGUCGGACGGGCAAAUCUUGGAAAGUCGGGCCGAGUGAUCGAGCGCCUGAUGGGCGAAAACGACAUGUUGAAGCGGGAUCUCAAUAUCGAGCGUUUAAGGGCGGAGGAGUCGCGGCAGGCGGUCAAGAUGGCGGAGGGGAAGAUGGAGGCCCUGACCGCGGAGUACGAUGGGAAGUUGCAUGAUGCCGCUAUCAAUAAGACGCUGUUGAAGAGGAGGGAAAGGCAGCUCACUGAUUUGAAGGCGCAGAUUGAGGGGGAGAGGCAGAGGGCUGAUACGGCAGUGGACAGGGAAAGGACAUGGAGGGAUGAGUUGGAACGGGUGCAGGAGGAGUGUAAAGAGAAAGUGGAAGAGGCGCAGACGUUUUCUAUGUUGAUGGAGGGGAGGAAUAAAGCAAUGACAAGCCAUUGGAAAGAUCAGGGCGUGGAAGUCGAUAGCACGGUCACCAAGCUCAGCAAAGAAAUCGCGAGUAUUGUCGAGGAGAGGCGGAACGAUGAUCGCAAGAUGAACAUGCUGCAAGGAUUGUGCGAUCAACAGGCCAAGUUACUGGGCUCGUUAGAAAGGGAGAAGCAGGACAUUCAGAUGGCGUUUGAGAGUUAUAAGAGGGAGCAAGAGGAGUCGUUACAGGGGAUCAAAGAGCGUGCGAGGCAGCAGGAGGACGCGAAUGAGGCGGCGCUGCUGGAGACGCAGAGAGUGCUGGGAGAGUUGAAAUGGGCGCUCGCUGUGAAGAAGAAUGUCAAGGGCGCGCAAUAAUACCGGCUUUGACUACUCAAGUCCAACACAACCGCCCCGGCCUGCUCCGUCGACUUGAAUCCAAGGACAAGGAUCCAACCGAAGACUCCGGGGCGAGAUCAAAAUGGUAGAAAGAAAGAAGCACACACCGAUGUGU